AUGGAAUCGCCUCGAGCAAAGAAUGGCCGGAGGGCGACUAGCUUGUCAGGAUGGACGUCAAAAGCAGUCCUUUUCUCGGCCCUUGCCGCAGUUCCUGGGUCGAUGGCACAACAAGGAAGUUGUAUUUCGUUGUCGGGGUCUACGGUCUGCCCGGCUUUUCAGUCUGCCUCCGUAUCCACCAGCAAGCAAGUGACGGAUUUGUUCUCGUUUCUUCAAUACGUCUCAGACGUGACUUCGUUCGAUCGUCAAUUCACUCAAUAUAUCCAAACCGAUUAUGUCCAGAGACAGUACCAACAGUUGCUGGGAUGCGGGAACAUCGACCUCGUCAACACUACUAAUUUAUACGCACGUUUCACCACCUCAGUAAUCUGUAAUGCUAUUAUCCAGAACUCCGUCCAACCCUGUAACUUGGCGGAUGACGCCUCGCGACCCUUGUGUGCUGACUCUUGUGCCCAUUACGCCGAGAGUGAAGCAUAUCUUGCGGCUGACACUGAUCUCUGUCCCAGUUCCAGCAAUGGCCGCCAGGAUCAGUUAAGGGCUGAUUUCAUCAAUUGCGCUUUACCUGCGGAUUCAUUAUCAACUAGCAGCUGCAUACAAGGCAUAACUAAUGAGCCAGAUAAUUGCGGAUAUGGUCAAGGUACUAUUGGGUUGUGUUCCUAUUGCGCCUCUGGCGGUAUUAAUUCCACCGAUACCUGCUGUUACAACUCGAACAUUGAAUCAAGAUGUGCAAACGUCGUCUUGCCCACCAUUACGCCCACCGUCUCCCUAAAUACAUCGAUGCCGACCGCCACAGCAAGCAACACAGCCACACCCGUUGCGAACAAUUCGGGAAAUACUGGCCUCUCCGGUGGCGCUAUAGCUGGUAUAGUUAUCGGGUCUGUGGCUGGCUUGGCUCUUCUAGCAUUCCUCGUGCUCAUGUGCAUUAGGCUUGCACGACGAAGAAACGGCAGCCAAAAGGGAAGUGUCUUUAACCAGCCGUCGCCUUCUAGGAAAGGACCACCGACGGGGCAAAUUCCUGCCAACCAACCACCUCAAGGAUAUGAAAUCCUCCCUGGUGGUAGAAUUGCUCGCAUGUCCGCAUUGGAAGGUCCCGCGGGAGAGCCAGCCUCGAGGCAUGGUGGCUCACGGCGUGGUGGAUCAGCUAGUGCAGCAGUGGCCGGCUUUAUGGCAGGAAGAAGGAGGGGAGGAGACGACCAUUCAUCUUCGGACUCGUUUGGAGGGAGCCCAGCGUCGGAACCACGUGCAGCUGUAUUACGGCCACCUCCGAUUAACAUGCGCAGGAAUGGGUCGCUAUCCAGCAGCUCGGUACUUGCAGGCGAAGACCCUCAAUCUCCCACUAGUGCAGGGGGAAUGUCGUCACCUCCUGGCGUUAACAGUCAACAGUCGGAGCAGCUACCAUUCUUCAAGGAUUACUAUUCUCAAGACGACAUCCACCCAGGCGAGCGUGUCGCCACCCUAUGGGCUUAUCAACCGCGCGCAGCCGACGAGUUUGCCUUGGAACGUGGCGAUAUGCUAAAGGUGGUGGGCAUCUGGGACGAUGGAUGGGCGACUGGUGUCCUGUUAGAUGAAAGAGCAGAUGAGUGGGAAUCACGAAAGCAGGCACAGAGGGAUAGUGGUGUUUCCAACACGUCAGGCCGUGGACGAGAUUCGUCACCUGCAGCCGGUGGCGAGAUCAAGGCAUUCCCGUUAGUCUGUGUCUGCCUUCCGGAGCACUGGAGGAAGACGAUCGAAGGCGAUGGAUCCACAGAGACUGGGUCCAGUGCGCAUCCCAUUUGA